GCGAGAAGGAGCCCGGCAUGCCGUACUUGGAUCGACAGAAUCGUAUCUGCGGGUUCCUGGACAUUGAAGAAAAUGAGACCUGCGGCAAGUUCCUGCGGAGAUAUUUCAUCCUGGACACCCAGGCCAACUGCCUGCUGUGGUACAUGGACAACCCCCAGAACCUGGCUGUCGGUGCGGGUGCCGUCGGAUCGCUGCAGCUGACCUACAUCUCCAAGGUCAGCAUCGCCACCCCGAAACAGAAGCCGAAAACUCCAUUCUGCUUUGUUAUCAACGCUUUGUCUCAGCGCUAUUUCUUACAAGCCAGUGAUCAGAAGGACCUGCAGGACUGGGUGGAGGCGCUGAACCGGGCCAGUAAGAUCACGGUGCCAAAGGGCGGCAGCGUCCCACCGGCCACGGAGAUAGUGAAGCCUCCAGCACUGCCCCAGGCCCAGGAGAGGAAGCCCCAGGUUGCCUACAAAACGGAGAUCAUCGGGGGGGUGGUGGUCCACACACCCAUCUCCAUCAACCAGAAUGGGGGGGAUGGAGGGGAGGGCAGCGACAUCGCCACCCACCCGCUCCUUCGGCGCUCGCAGAGCUACAUCCCCACCUCGGCCGUCAAGCCGCCCAGCGGGCCCCCAGUCCUCAAGAGCGGAUACUGCGUGAAGCAGGGGAAUGUGAGGAAGAGCUGGAAGCGCCGGUACUUCGUUCUGGAUGAAUUUUCCAUCAGUUACUACAAGUGUGAGCAGGACAAGGAGCCCUUGCGUUCGAUUCUCCUGAGGGAUGUCUGCAAGACGCACGAGUGCCUGGUCAAGUCCGGUGACCUGCUGAUGAGGGACAACCUCUUUGAAAUCAUAACGAGCUCCAGAACCUUCUACAUCCAGGCAGAUAGCCCCGAGGAGAUGCACAGCUGGAUCCGAGCAAUCACGGCUGCGGUCCAGGCCCUGAAAUUCCGCCCGAGGGAAAUGUCCUUCAUGAGAUCCACCUCCAUGGUCAAGCCGGGGGGUUCCUCGGCCCCCUCCCAGCAGAGGCAGGCGGCGGAGGAGAGGAAAGCGCUCUGCAAGGCCCCCUCCACCUCCUCCUGGCAGCCCUGGACGCCGGUGCCACAGGUGGAGGGGAAGCAGUCGGCGCUGGAGGAGGUGCCCGUGCCACUGAGACACUCCAUCUUCAUGCCAGCCUUCACGGAGCGUGACGCCGGAGCUGCGCCGGGCAAGCGUGUGCGGCACAAGUCGGAGCCGCAGCAUCUCAAGGAGAAGCCGUUCGCCUUUGAUCUGGACGAUGAAAGCAUCCGGACCUCUGAUGUCUGA